AUGUCCACCAUUUCCCGGGCGACGCGCUCCGCGGCAAGAUGGCGGACGAGGAGUCAGGUAAGCGCCGUGGGGCGGCCGCCCUCCGUGCUCACCGCCGCCCGGGCCGCCUGGCGGAGAGGGCCAGCCCGCCAUCGUGAGCCCCCAGCCGCUGUGCGAGGGCGGUCGGAGGGAGAGUCAACAAUAGCAGAACUUCACAAAAAAAUUAAAGAAGCUUUUGAAGUGUUUGACCAUGAGCUAAACAAUGCAGUGGACGUGAGGGAGAUUGGAACAAUUAUCAGGUCUUUAGGAUGCUGCCCCAGUGAAGGAGAGCUGCACGACUUCAUUGCAGAGGUAGAAGAAGAAGAACCCACUGGAUACAUUCGCUUUGAAAAAUUCCUUCCAGUGAUGACUAGCGUGCUGCUGGAAAAAAGAUACAGACCCAUUCCAGAAGAUGUCCUUCUUCGUGCUUUUGAGGUAUUAGAUUCAAAUAAACGUGGAUUUCUCACCAAGGAAGAACUGAUCAAGUACAUGACUGAAGAAGGUGAGCCCUUUUCUCAAGAGGAAAUGGAAGAAAUGCUAUCUGCUGCAAUUGAUCCGGAAUCUAACGCAGUUAAUUACAAGGAAUACGUAACAAUGAUGGUGGUGGAGGAAAACUAA